AUGUCUAUAAAAGACGCUCUUUACGGCGCCACCGGCCGGAAGAAGAUCGGCCAGCCCGAAUACAGUUUUUUACAAGAUCGUAACAAAUUUCGGUGUGAAUGUACGAUCACUGGCAUAAACUACAGUGGUAUGGGCAUAUCCACAAACAAGAAAAAUGCCCAAACGAAUGCGGCCAAAGAUAUGGGCGAGUACUUGGUUCGAGAAGGACUUCUGGAGCCGACGGACAUUCCUCAACUUCAGGUUGGUAUUUCUUUAGUUUUUUUGUAUUUAGGGAUGGUACAGUGUUCCGACGUCAAAAAAAAUGAAUCUUUUAUUAAACUGGUCGAAAACAUUGAGUUGGGUUGAUCAGAAUAGGUAUUGUUCAUCUAGUGUAACAUAAAUCGAUCUCAAGCUGUUAUUUGAUAAAAUAACGCAUAGAUUAAUGUUACACUAGAUGUAUUGAACUCUGUAUUAAGUUAGAACAUACGUUUUAUGUUAAUUUGGUUUAUUUUUUUUGAAGUAAACUGAAGUAACAUUGAAACUGAUGUUCUAACUUAAGAUUUUCGUUAUAGAACAACGAAUUACGCGGUUUAAUUCUUUGAAUCAACAUGGUUUUGAUGUCAGAACACUGUCCUAACAUGAAAUUAUUAUGACAGGUAAGUAAAAGAUAUUUAACGCGAUUUACAAUGAAAAUAUUGUUACAGGAAGGUGAUCUUGAAGGUUCUGGAACGUCAAACUUUGGUCCGCCGGAUGCAAAUGUAUUUGCUAUUCCAAAUCAACAAACUGUGGAAUACGUACCACCAGUACGUGUUCACGAGCCUAGACAGCCUACUAACUAUGAGAAAUACAUUGCUGAUACGGCCAACGAGGUCGAAAAGGUAGGAUAAUAUGUUUUUCUUCGUAUUUUUGUUUUUUAGAGUGAAUGUGUGGAUUUGACGGCAGAAAUUCACGGUGGAUGGACUGUUAACAAUUGCAAGCAGGCUUUGAAUGAGUUCCUGCAAGCGAAUCGAAUGCCGGCCGUCCAGUAUAAGAUGGAAUCCAGUGGUCCACCUCAUGCCAAGUAAAUUAUUUUAAUCAAUUUUAUUUUUAAGUUAACGAUAACACAUGUAUACUAAUUGAAAUUAGUUUAGGACGUUUGUGGCUAGUAUUGAUCUGUUUAUUCAACAGCUUGGCAUCGUUUUGAAAGCUAGAGGAGAAGGUUCAAAUUCGAAAAUAGCUCAAUCUUCUUGUGCUUUAUCUGUAGUGAGGCAAUUGUAUCAUAAAGGAGUGUUGAAAAAGUGUGGAGAAACAAUUUCAAAGAAGAAGAAUGCCGCUGAUGUAAGUUUUUUAGUGUGGUUGGGUAAACAGUAUGUUGUAGUAGGUACUUUUGGUAUUUUUGUUGGGAAAUUUGGUACAACUUUUGACUCUUUGAAGCUAAUGUGAUAUCGUAUGGUUUAACAAAUGCAGAAGGCUUUGGUUUUUAACCUUAGGUAUUAGUUUGGUCUUAUUUUAGCUUCCAGCAACUUUGGUUCAAAUUAACCCGGAUGUAAUCCAAAGGUUGGAUACAUACCUCGAACAAGUUGGUCUUAACCCAGUUAAAGAUGGUUUCUCAAUUGCUUCAAAUGAAAAUCGGAUUUCACUGGUAACUGAUCAGAAGCUGGCAUCGUUUCCAGUAAAUCAAGGACCUCCAAAGGCCUCAGGGCUUGUUGCCUUUGCGCCACCGACUCAGAAUUGGGAUCCAUGGAAGGGGACGAAUAUUGAUGAAGGUCCAUUGGCUACGAUGAAGUUGCCAGAGAUUUCUAAUCAGAUUCUGAUGCAAGAAAAAGCGAAGAACCAUAAUCCGGAGAUUGUGGAGAAGCGACGAAGCUUGCCGGUGUUCAAAUACCGAGAAAGUAUUUUGGAUAUUGUGGAUCAGAAUUCGGUGGUUUUGAUCAAGGGAACUACUGGUUGUGGUAAAAGUACACAGGUGAGGUUGAUUUUGACUGUUUUUUGUUUUAGAAAGGAAUUUCUUGCCAUUUCUUGUUUUGCAAAGAAAGUUCUUGCCUUUUUUUAGCUUGUAAAGAAAGUUCUUGUCAUUUUUUGUUUUGUAAAGAAAGUUAUUGCCAUUUUUUGUCUUGCAAAGAAAAUUUUUGCUAUUUCUUAUUCUGGAAAGAAAGUUUUAACUUUUUCUUUAUAUUACACUACCUUCAUAACAUACUUGACUUUUUUUAGGUCUGCCAAUACCUACUAGAUCAUUUCAUUCAUAAGAAUCAAGCAGCCAACUUCAACUGCAUUGUAUCUCAACCAAGGCGUAUCUCCACGAUCUCGUUGGCUGAACGUGUAGCCAGUGAACGGAUGGAAGAUGUCGGAAUGAGUGUAGGCUACACAGUACGAUUUGAAAGUGUCAAUCCUCGACCAUAUGGAGCAAUAUUGUUUUGCACUGUCGGAUGUUUGUUGAGGAAGAUGGAGUAUGGACUCAGAGGCGUAUCGCAUCUGAUUAUUGAUGAAAUUCACGAACGGGAUGUUGAUGUAAGUUGUGAAAUGAUUUUUAGGAUUUAUAUGACGAUGUAUUUCGUAGCAGAGACUGUGUAAUGUAAUAUUUUACUUAAAAAGCUUGAUUUUAAGCGAAGUUGUAAUCCGACGCCUUACAAAGUGUUAUGAUACCUAAAAUUUGUUUUUUUAUGAGCAAAACAUAAGUAUAUGGAAAUGAUCAUCAAUUUCAGACCGACUUCUUACUAGUCAUCAUACGUGACAUGGCAAGAGCAUUCCCAAACCUGAAGGUCAUAUUGAUGUCGGCUACGAUUGAUACUAACUUGUUCACGAAUUACUUUGACACUUCGGCUGUAAUCGAAAUUGAACAACGUGUUUUUGAAGUACAAUGUGAGUUAUGAUAGGUUGAUACCUAUUCUCUACUUUUUUGUAUUUUAAAUUAUUAUUUUUUAUGAUUUUUGAUUUUGUCUUUAACAUUUUUUGCUGUUUUAUAUUGUACUAGUGGUCAAAAAUCUAUUUUUUUUUAUAUUUUAUGACAUCUUUUCAGACUUUUUCCUCGAAAACGUCUUGAGCAUGAUAGCAUAUGAGCCAGAAAUCCCGGAAAAACGACCGAAAAACAAGAAGUCGAACAACAGAAAUCAACAAACCAAUGAUGACGGAGAUGACGACGAUGCUGGAGCUGAAAAAGACGACAGAAAUUUGAAUGUAGUCUACGAUCCGGAGAUUUCCGACGCGGUCAAGUACAAGAUAUCGAUUAUGGACGAACAGAAAAUCGAAAUCGGGCUGAUUGAGGUGGGUUUUUGGGGAAAUUUUCGAAUUUUAAGGCCAAUUUUAGUUAGUGAAAAACUCUUUUAUGCUAUUAAAGGCGUUGUUUACUAUCAAAACUUUUUAAAAACUACAUAAAAUAUAUAUUACUUUAGGCGAUUGUCCAUGAUAUUGCUGUGAACGGUGAACCCGGAGCCAUUCUAGUCUUUCUACCAGGCAUGGCUGUGAUCGAAAUGUGCCAAGCUGCCUUGAGGAAAAACAAAAUUCUGGGAGACGCGGCCAAAUAUAUCAUCCUACCUCUUCAUUCUCAACUGCCUUCUUCGGAACAGCGAAAAGUUUUCCAGAACUUUAAGGAUCCUCAGAGAAAGAUCAUAUUAUCCACGAACAUUGCCGAAACCAGUGUCACUAUCGACGAUGUUGUCUACGUGAUCGACUCGUGCCGAGCCAGAGAAGCCUCUUACACGUCCAGGAAUAACAUGGUGCAUUUCUCGACCGUCUGGGCUUCUAGGAACAGUCUAAUCCAACGCCGCGGUCGUGCCGGUCGUGUAAAACCUGGAUUUUGUUUUCACUUGUGCACAGAAGAACGAUACAAAGCAUUGGAAGAGCACAGAACGGCCGAAAUGCUUCGUGUACCAUUGGCCUCAUUGGCACUGUCAAUCAAGUUGCUAAGGCUAGGAUCGGUCGGAGAUUUCCUGGAAAAGGCUAUCGAACCACCGCCAAUGGAUGCCAUCGUUGAAGCCGAGGUACUACUAAGGGAGAUGAAUGCUUUGGACAAAAAUUUGGAACUGACAGACUUGGGAAGGGUAUUGGCUAGACUGCCGUUGAAGCCUCGUGAUGGAAAGGCUUUGAUCUUGGCUUCGGCUUUGAAGUAAGUAGUUUUUAAUUCGUAUUUUAAGGUUAUUGAAAGGCUUUGGUUGGCUUACAUUUGAAAAAGAAAAUUUUUGUUGACAAUUCUUAUAAAUUUUGUGAAAAUUAUAAUUUUAGGUAACAACCUUUUAUAAUUUAUAUUUUUAGGUAUUAAAAAUGUAUUUUUAGGUGUCAAGUUACCUACAUUUUUGAAAAAUUAGUAUUUUUAGGUAACAAUAUUACUUUUUUUUUGUCUUUUAACUCUUAUAAGUCUUAAAUUUUCAGCAUUGGUGACUUGAUGUGCACGAUAACAGCGGCCAGUUGCAUGAACACCCCCUUCGUGCCGCUCCAAAUUUUCCACAAAACAUUGUCGAAUUGUCAUCGAAGAUUCUCCGGCAGACGACUUUCUGAUCACAUUGGCUUGGUCAAAGUUAACAACGAGUACUGCCGAGCGUUGGAAAGAAACGAUUAUGAGGCAGCUGCAUUCGCUUCGAAAAAUUCGUUGAACAGGAUUGUUUUGGGCAUGACAAGGUGGGUCUUGGGGUGGAUUUUUAAAUUUUUUUCGAAAUUUUUUUGAAAAAUAUUGAACUUGGUCUUCUUUGUUGGUUAUGAUCAAAAUUGUUCUUCUAGAACAUGCUAUUACUAAAAUCUAUAAUAUCUUGUUAUAGAGAAGCCAAGCUUCAAAUGAGAGACGUCCUAGUCCAGAAGAGCAGCUUCUCCGAAUCCUCCUUUCAACCGUUGGACGUGGACCCGGAUGGUGAAGACGUGAACCUUGACCUGCUUCUAGGACUCUUGGUCUACGCCCUAUACCCAAACAUUGCUUACUAUCGAGACAAACGACAAGUAUUUACAUUGGAACAGGCCACAGCUCUGAUGUCUAAGUUGUCAGUAUGCAUGCCUCAGGUCAACGCGGCCAAGAUCGAAUUCCCAUCUCCAUUGUUGGUAUUCACGGACAAAAGAAGGACCAGUGUUAUUAGUGCCAAUACUAUUUCAAUGAUAACUCCGAUUCACUUGUUGUUGUUUGGAAGCCGAAGGAUUGAAUGUGUUGCUCCAAAUUUGGUUAGAUUGGAUGAUAUGUAAGUUUAUAUAGGUUUUUAGGAGGGGAUUUUAAAACAACACUAUUAAUGAAAAAAGUUUUCCAAUUUUAUAUAAUGAAGGCAUUUUUUAGGAUCGUCCUAGAAAUGGACCCCUCAGACGCGGCCAAAAUCGUAGCCUUACGACCAGCGAUCGAAGCCCUUGUCGUAAAAACGUGUAUAAACCCUGCCUCCCUAUCCGAACCGACUCCAGAGCACGCUCAGUUCCUCGACGUGCUUCGCCAACUAUGUGGAGAGUUGGCUUAUCAAGCGGCCGAAAUCACAAAUGCCCCUAUGAAUCAGUUUUACUCUGAGUAUCAACAAAAAAGAAAGUUGGCUCCAAUGAACGAAACAGGCCCAAGAAGACAAUUCCCACAGAGUGAGCGGCCACAAUGGCGGCCGGAUCAACGAUUCCACGGCCGAGGACGUGGUGGAUAUCGUGGAGGAUUCAGAGGCGGGAACGGGCCGAGAUAUCAGGGUUAUGGUGGUCAAGGUGGUGGAUUUGGGAGAGGAGGGUAUGGAGGAAGUAACCGAGGUAACGGAUUUGGCUCAGGAGGUAAUGGGUUUGGCCAAGAAGAUGGUGGAUUUGGUCAAGGAAAUGGCGGAUUUGGUCAAGGAGGCUCUGGACAACAAGCAGCGUACGCUCAAGCCAGAAGUCAAGCUGGAUUUGGAGCUCCCCCACCCGAGUUUAGCGCUGGAAAUGGCAACGCUGCUUAUGGAAAACCACCGGCCGAAACUUUUGUAAGUGUGUGUUUUGACAAAGUGAUUGUGUUUGGUACUAUUUAGAUGCGCUGGUCGAAUUUCGGGCAGUGGAGGUUAAGAAAAGGUGCUUGAAUUCAUGGGUAAGGUAUAUACGGAUAUUGUUUUAGGAGAGCAAGACAUUAUUUUAGAUACAUUAAAUUUUUCGGUUGAAUUAUUUGAGAUUUACGUGGAGUCAUCAGGGCGGGGUAAAUUUUCGUACAGGGGGAGGUUAAAAAAAAUUUUUGUUUGAAAGUUAAAACUAGCUUUAACUUUUCAAAAAAAAAUUUUUGUGGGGAGUGGGAGAGGAUGAGAAUUCUAAAAUGAAAACAAAUAUUACAGUUAUAUUGUUUUAGGCUUCACCGCUACAAAAACGUCCGUAUGGGACAGCCAACGAACCACCUACCAUCAAAACUUCUCCAGACACCCCUGUUAUUCCAAAACGGCCAAAUCUUAGUGAGGCGUGA